ACAUGACGUCACCAGGUGAGCGAGUAUUCCGAUUCAGUAGCCGGUGUGGGAACGAGAAAGCAUUCCUAAAUUUUCACAUAAUCUCCUAGAAAACUUUUUAAAAAAUGACGACCACCGAAUUAUAUUCUGGUUAUAGCGCUGAUGGAAAGUCAUCUUCAAGGGUAUUGAGACCCCCAGGUGGUGGAUCAAGUAACAUUUUUGGUGCACCAGAACCCCCAGCACCAAAGGAACAAGUACAGCAAGAGAUGGCACAGCAAUCAUCGACAGCACAGACCCAAUCACCCUCAAACCCAACUGCUGAAGCUAACGAAGGAUACCAGAAAAAUAAACCGAAAGGCAGAGCUGAAGCUCCAUUUGCAAUGUUUGCAGAAAGUGGAAAAUCCUCAGCCCCAUCUCAGUUUGACAAUUGUGAUACAAGUUCUCAAAAUGAUGCAGAUUUUCGUUGUUACUCAGUAACAGACUACCGUAAUGCUAUCGCUCAGAAUGCAGCGGUGAAAGACAGGGCGCAUGGUGCAGCCAUGGGUACGUUUAACCCCAUAACCCAUGAAGAGACCCAGGAGUCAUCCCCAUGUCAAGAUUAUGAUAGCAGACGGGUCCACCCUCAGCAAGUUGCCCGAGACCAACAACAACAACCAGUACGCAUGGUUAGGGGACAGGGCAACUUCAAUAAGGGAAAAGAUCAAGGAAAAGUUGAGGUGCAGUACAAUCCUAUAACUGGUGAAGAAUACCCUGCAGGCUAUGGGCAGCAGAAAAAGGAAGAUGAAGAAGAGCAAGAAAAAGAUGAAAAUGAAGAAUCUGAAAAAGACAGCAAUGAAUCUAACACUACUCCUACAGACGUCAACAAUACUUCAACAGAGAAAACUGAACCAUCACCUGCCCCAACAGUGCAAUCCCCGCCGGCACCUAUACAGAAAGUUCGUCAACCACCAGGUGGCAAGUCAUCAGGUUUAUGGUGAUCACUGACUUAAGAGAUUAGAAUUUAGACAAUUAAAAGAUGCUUCCAUUUUUGCAUUUCGCAGCUGGAAAAAGGCGUUCUGUAUACUUAAUUUGUUUGCAAUAAAUGUUUAGUGUUUAUCUAACAAGUGAAGGCAUUUGAAUUUAUGUAAAACAUAUUUCAAUCAUUUGUUUUCAUGCAUUUCUGUAGAAAAAGAAGAAUUUAGCUUUGCAUACCAUUUCAUUUGAAGAAGGUUAACAGAUCCAGAGAUUAACAACAAGCAAAUGAACAAACUUUUUUUUUCAAUUUUUUUUUGUUGCUCUUCUGACUUUUCCGAUAUUUUGCUUGUGUUUUCAUAGUUUUACACAGUCUGUGUUCUUUUAUUUAUAAGAAUUCUGUAAAAAUUGAAAUGAGAUCAAAUGAAUAUAAUUAUAACUGUUUCAAAACAUUUUAUUGUGAUAUCAUAUUUCAACAUUAGUGUUGUUGUAUAUCAAGCGGGGCCAUUAUUAGAAGUAUGCUUAACAUUGUUUUAUAACACUUACUUUCUCUCAUUCCAAACUAAUAUUUUGAUUUCUCUUUUUUUUUCGUUUACAUGCAGAUUUCGUGUAUGUUUUUGUUACUUUUUAAGUAGUUUUUGUUUAACAUUUUUGUGUGCUGAAAAAGAGAAAAUUUGUGUGGAAAUAAAAUGGAAUCUCAACAAUUUUAUUUUAUGAAAUGUUUGUAACAUAAAUUGGUUUCAGAAAGGAGUUCUUAUACAGGGGUAUUUUUUCCAAAAAAUAUAUUGUGUAUGCACUUUUGAACAAGGGAAAAGUAUCGAACUGCCCACCGAUAUUUUGUAAACCGUUAAAAAUGAAAAUCCACCUUUGUCCUUCAACCAAAACUGUUAAAUGAAAUGAGGUAUUGAUUUAAUUAACCUUUUGUUUGGAAACCUUGUAAUGUUGCACUGUUUGCUAUAUACACAAGCUUUCUGUAUUGAUGGUUUAUAUUGAAUAUUCAAAGCAAAUUUUGGGAGGAUUUUGCGAAAUUUAGUGAUAUAUUCUCCAUCCACUUGUUUCUGUGAUCAAAUGUUUUAUAUAAUUAUGUCAGUUUAUUUUGUAAUCAUGCAUAUACAGCAUAAUUAGUUUUCCAGCAUAUUUGGUUUAUCAGGUGUUGAAGUAAAGUGUUUGUUCUUUUAUUAAAUUUUCAUUUCUUAUUAACAUGCACUUUAAACAAGGUCAGUUACAGUAAAAAAAAAAAACAUGCAGGUAGCCAAUUGUUUAAACAUGACACUUCUUUUUUGUGAUCUGACAUUUAUUUUUUAGGAUUUUUUGUGUUUUUUCUUUUGCAUGUUAAAAAAUUAACUUGUUUAAUAAAAGAGAAUAUAAAUGGUUGAAGAAAUUGUUCAUAAAAUGAUAAGUGGACAUAAUACAUCAAGAUGUCGAGACAAAAGUAUUAUCUUUUAUAUUACUGUGUUCAAUGUAUACAGUUAAAUGUUGUUGAAUAGUUACAUUGCUUUAUAGUUCUACAUUAGUUUUAUACAGAACCCUAGUAUAAAAGAAAUUAAAAGCUACUUUUUGGAGGUUAUGGAACAGCUUUGUUUUCUUUUACAUUAGAUUUAGAAUUUUGUAUAUGAGAACAAAUCAGUGCUGAUAAAGAUUUUAUUUUUGCAAUUUUUCUAAGAAAAGAAUAUUUAUGUAUUAUUUUGCUGUAAUUUUGCAUUUAUGUUUUAGUAUUAAAUAAGUCAAACUUUAUCAUCACUAUACAGGGGACUAGUGUAGAGUUUGAGGCUUUUGGGCAAAACAUGACAAGGGUUUAAAUCGAAACAAAAUAUGAUAAAAUAAUAUUUAAAGUAUAUCUUUUCUGUAUUCUACAUUUGGUCAUGAGGGUUGAAGGUCAUUGAACUGCAUGGUAAUCUCAUAUUUGUCAUAUCUAUUAUUAUCAAGUAGCAGCACUAAAGUUAUAUUUCAAUAUUAUUUUAAUCGUUUGAAAUUAAAUCCCCAAGUUGAAUUCAAUAAAGUGUUACUUGACAAG